AUGAACAGGUUCUGGAGCUGCUCGCUGCGCGGCGAUGCGUCGGACGAGUCGGUGCGUCAAGUGCCGUGCGCGCCCAUGGUGCCGCGUGCUCUGGGGGCGCCGGCCAAGACGAAGCGCCGACUCACGGAGCUGCACGACGUGGCGCAAUUGGGUUUCGGGGGCUGCGGGGGCAUGUACAACUACUUCCUGGGCGUGGCGUCCGUCCUACAGGAGGAGUACGACCUGCGAGACGUGAUCUUCUCGGGGGUCUCGGCCGGGUGCUUCCCGGCGCUGGUGCUGGCCCUGGGCAUGGACGUCAAGGAGUUCUUCUUCAAAAAGAACCUCCCGCUCAUCGAGGACGCGGCGCAGUGCUCGUACGCAGGGCUCGGCAAGUGGAUCCCCAUGGUGAAGCGCAAUAUGGUGAAGUUCCUACCGUCGGACGCGUAUCAACUCGUGGACAAGAAGCUGUACUUCUCGGUCACGGAGAUCCCCUCGUUGCGCAACCACUUGAUGACGACGUGGACGAGCAACGAGGAGAUGGUGGACUGCAUGCUGUGCUCGGCCCACGUGCCGUUCUACACGACGUCGCUGACGGCGCCGUACCGGGGGAAGCGCUACUUCGACGGAGGGCUGAGCAACUCCAGCCAGGGCCCCAUCGUGCACCCGGACGCACCCCACAAGGUGUUUGAGAUCUGGAAGUGGCGCUGGAUUUCUCCUACCUGGGUCCUGGUGACCACCAACGCCGACUGGGCCAUGGAGAUGUUCCGGAUGGGACGUGAAGACGCGGCCAAGAAUCUCCACGAAGUUAACGAAGUGUUCUUUUAG